AUGCCUGUCAGCGGUCAUCUCGUCCGCCGCAGCGCCGAGUUCGUCGCGACCUUCAAAGAUGGCCCCGCUAUGAAGGUGGAAUUCUCCCCAUGGCUGAUCUUCUUGGUUCUCACUCUUGGCCUGAUCAUGGGCCUGGCUGUCAUGGCUGUCGAGUACACUUACGGUGGAGUGGUUGCCACGCUUGCCGCCGUCGAGGACUCCAACCCCGACAUCUACGUCCGCAUCGACCACCAGGACCCCACCAAGCCCUUGGAUCCAAAUGAGCCCGAGCUGGCCGACUCGGCUCGUCUGCAGCCCAUUACCAGUGGCCUGCGAUCCACCACCAAGCACCUCCGCGCCCGUGCUGGCUUCUGGUCGCGCUUCCGGGGUCUGUCCAUCUACCUCGCCUUCAUCUUCGUCGAUGGCUUCCUCUCUUUGAUCUCUACCCCAACCGGCUCCUUCCUCGGCCAUUUCUUCUCCCAAUUCUUCAUCUCCUUGCUCCUUGCUACCUGGCAGAUGGCCUGGGUUCACAUCGUCAUCUCUGAGCCCUCGCCCAAGCGCUUCUACCAGCGCAUCCCCAGUUACCGCAAAUGGAUUCGCAUUGCCCCAGCCGUGGCCCUUGAGACGGUACUGACAUAUGCAACCUUCCUGCUGCCUAUGGCCGUGGCCCAGAUGGCUGGCUGGACCGAGGUUGCCCAGGACCCUAACCACCCGGAACUGAACGCCCGCAGGAAUUUCAUCCGCUUCCUCAGCAUCGGCGUCCUCCCAGCAAUUCUCUCUCUGGCAGUGUCUGUUCCCGCUCGCGUUAUCUUCAUUCGUGUUGCCGCUUCCAUGCUGCCCGAGGAGGAUGAGUCCAUUGUGCCCUUUGACCGCUCCUUCGGCGGCAAGGUCGAGCCCGAGAUCGUGGGUGGCAGUGGCAAGAUUGGCCUCAUGGAUGCAUGGACUACCUUUGACUGGAAUGCCCGUGUUCGGUUCGUCAAGGUGGUGGUCAAGACCGCGAUGAUGGAAAUCGCCCUGAUGUUCGUGGGUGCUUCCGUCAUUGUUGGCAUUAUGUUGGGACUGGGACCCCGGGGCGUGUCGAUGGUGCCUGCCGACGGCUCUUUGUAA